AUGGUUGAUAAUGCAUAUCCCCCAGUAGAUAUCCAAUGUUGCGCAAGCAGUAAUUAUUUAGUGUGUUUAUCGAAUUGUUCAACUUCUUAUAGCUGGUCAGAUACAUAUGUGGCUUAUAAUGCACUGCCAUGUGUCGAUUUUAGUCCAACGUUAGGAGUGACAAUUACUUCUGGUUCUUAUAUAGUGAAUUUGACUAAUACAGCAGCACAUUUUUCAAUUAUGUUCAAUAAUACCAAUGGUUGGCGAACUUUGACCAGCGUUACUGCUGGCGGUAGUGGAGCACCUUGGCAAUUAGAAUGUGAUAUUGAUAUACGAUUGAGACCUGAUAAUGGUCUUAUCAAUACACCUCCAACUGCUAAUAUUAUUUCACCUAUAAAAAUACCAGUAAAUGUUCAAGAAACAAUACAAUGGUCAACAUUUGAUGCUGAUGGUGAUGAUAUUAGAUGUCGCUGGGCAACAGGUGCAGAAUGUGGAGGUGUGUGUAAAUCACUCAGUACAUAUCCAGCAGGUACAAAUUUAACAAGUAAUUGUGCACUGAACAUAAAGGGAACAGCAGUCGGUACGUGGUAUGCUCUUGCAAUUAUGGUUGAAGAUUUCGUGAACAGUACAUCUUUCACAGCUCUCAGUAGUGUACCACUUCAAUUUCUAAUCAGUGUUAUUAAUGCAUCCUGUCUAGAUCCUCCAGACAUUAUUCCAUUAGAUCAAUCAUGUAUCGGUGUUAAAGUUGGCGUUAAUUACACUUAUAUAUUCUAUGCAAUAAGUAAUUGUGGAUCAACUGUUACAAUUAGUGACAUAGCAACACAAUCAUUCACUGGAUUAAGAAAAAUUGUUCCAGUAACGGCAAUAAACUCGACUUUGUACUAUAUCGAAGUACAAUGGACACCUUCAGCAAGUCAAACUGGAUCACAGACACUGUCUUGGGCAUACAAUCAUCACAAUACUGCGUUACAUUUGCUGUUGAAAAUAGAACGACUACAGGUACCUGUCCAGCAGAAUACAUAA